GUCCAACACUCAUCAAUCCCUUCUCCCCACGCCUCUUUCGUGUCGCAAACCCUUCUCUAUUCAUCAAUGGGCUCUAUAUAUUAAACCAAUUCGCUCUCUUCGAUCCAAGAUGUCAUCCAAAGCCGAAACAACACCUCUCCUUCCCCAAUAUCAACAGUCGGAAUCCUCCAAUACGUCACCGCGUGCAAACCGUCCACCGCGAACAGUGACCUUCAAUCCCCUAGCCACAAUCAGCACCUACGGCGAUGCCGCUCCCCCAAAUCCAGCCCUUCAACCGCUUCAUUCCGCCCCACCCCAGGUCCACGGCGGCCAGCCCAGAACAACCGGUCUAUCGGCCCUGAACAGCAAGCUCCGCCGGCGUAACAGCCAAGGAGCCACUCCAUUCAAUGCACCUUCGAGUCCCUCAUCAGCGUCCAAGAUCGGCCCGCAGCGAACGACGAAAAAGGCGCAGAAAUUGAAGCUUCUUCCGGACCCGGAGACGGCCGCUGAAGAGGAGGUUGUGGAAGGCGAUUUUCCGCGAGAUGUCUAUUCGCAGAUUACGCGGAUUAAGGAACCUACGGCUAGGAGUCAUGCGGCGAGGCUAGGGAAGGCGGAUAGAGAUCGCUUGCCGCGGGUUACGGCUUAUUGCACAGCGAAUUCGUAUCGGUUGGAUGGGGUGAUUAGGUUUCUCAAGUCGCGGUCGAAUACCCGUGGUGCGAAUCCGAAGCUUUACGACGAAUGUGUUUACUCGCCAUAUGAUUAUGAACAUGAAAACAAGCAGAAGGGAAACCGGAUAUUUGGGGAUAAUGGUUUUGGUAUGGAAGGGAAUCGGCCGUCCGGAGAACGCAGGUAUUCGGAUAGUGCCGUUGAAGUUCCAGACAGUAAUAACAUUCGAAGAGGAGAUUUGAUUGAUCUUCAAUGCCCGGAUUCACGUCAUGAUGGUGAUCAUGGUGCUGAGGCUGUUGAAUCAACAGGUCGGACGGAUGAGAUACAAGAUUUCGAUACGACCAUUCACACUCCUGAAGUUUACCUGUUCGACUACGGCACGGUUGUCUUAUGGGGAAUGUCCCCGGCACACGAAUCACGGUUCCUUUCUGACAUCUCCAAAUUUGCGACCUCGAUUCUGAGUCCGGAAGAUACCCAAAUCGAGAAUUUCAACUUCUACUACGCCCGCGAAUACCAAGCCCGGAUAUACAACGACUUCAUCUCCCUCCGCGAUCCGCGGAAUCAUAUGAUCAAACUCGCCAUCUCGCACGCCUUAUCCCAAUCCGUGAAAACAUCCCUAUUCGAAGACAUUGUCUCUGAAACCAUCUCCAGCACCGCACCCUAUCCCGCCCAAAUCGCCCAAACGGGCAGCGUCAAUCUCACCCGACGGCAAAUCAACAUGCAAAUCGGCGAACUAUUUAUAUUACGAAUUAACAUUCAUCUACAAGGUUCUGUCCUGGACAGCCCGGAGCUGAUGUGGGCAGAGCCGCAGUUGGAACCGGUAUAUCAGGCCGUCCGAAGUUAUCUCGAGAUGGACCAGCGUGUAAGUCUAUUAACUGAGCGAUUGGAUGUUAUUGCGGAUCUCCUCGCGGUGUUGAAGGAUCAAUUGACCCAUCGUCAUGGCGAGUAUCUGGAAUGGAUUGUUAUUGUUCUCAUUGCCGCAGAGAUUCUCGUCGCAGCCAUCAACAUCGUAGUCGAUUUAUACGCUGGAGUGGAUUAGGGAUUGUAUUUCUAGUUGUCCUUUGCAGCUGCCAGUAUAGGUGUUUUUCCAUGUAUCUAUUAUUUCUUUGCGCUUUCACUGUCAUUGCUAUAUGCUUGCAUGGUAUUUUACUGUCUGUUUCCAUUGUGUGAUUCGAUGUUACAUUUCUCAUUGAGCAAGGUGUCAUUGAGCUAGGAUGACUGGCGUUAUGGUGUGGAGAGUCUAAGAUGUACUGUACAAUACAUGAGCCACCACAUUGAGCAACGUUUACAGAUCCUUGCAUUGUAGGCUGAUAAGUCUAGGCAC